AUCAAUGUGGUUCGUGCUCUACAAAAAUUUUCACAAUGAAAGUGUUAGUCGUAAUUCUUGUUAUAAUAUCCGUUUCAGCGGCAAAAAAAAUCACACUUGACGAUCUUUCAGAAGCUUUUAUAAGCUGUGGUGCUACCUACGGUGGACCAAACGACAUUAGAAAACUCGUAGUUGCUCCAAAUCCUGACAUCAAAACCUUGGCACCGCAAACUCUCUGUAUCAAUAUAAAACUUAAAGUUACCAAUGAAAAUUGUGACAUUGACAAAACCGUCCUUCGUGAGAUUGUAAUGCUUCUUACUGGCAAUAAGACAACUGCAGACAAAGUUGACAAGAGAUGCACAAAGCGCAUUGAGAGUGACACUCCUGAGAUUGCAAGUUUUAAUUUUUGGCGCUGUGGAAGACUUAUUAUUGACAAUGAAAACAAUUAAGUGAAUAAUGGAAAAAACUUUUUUAUUUUCUUCUACAGUGGUAGUUAUAAUACUAUCAAAAUAAUGUACUUGUAAAUUAUUUGAAUAAAGAAUACCAGAAUAAAAAGAA